GGAAGAGACAUCGGAGGAGACACAAACGAGUAUGAGCAAUACUGAUCGCAGUACUGUGGCACUGAACGCCGAAGGGUAUUUGGAACCCUCUCCAAAUGAGUACGAAGAGACGCAUGAUUUCAAGGGAAUCAAGGACAUCUUUGGUGGGAUAACAAUCAACACAGAGAAGGAGAAAUGCAAAAAUGAAGAAGAAUUUGAAAGAAAACUUGUUUCAUCGUUGGCAACAUUCAAACAAAGUGCUAUUAGAGGUGUUUGGCUGAGGAUAUCAAUUGAUAAUUCCUCAUUUAUUCCUAUUGCCAUUAAGCAUGGUUUUGUUUUUCAUCAUACAUAUCCAACUUAUAUUGUGUUGACUCAAUGGCUUCCUGAAGAUGAACCAAACACCCUUCCAAGUUUUGCCACAAGCUACCUUGGAGCUGGUGGGCUAGUUAUCAAUGACAAAAACCAGCUGUUAGCUGUUUGUGAACGGUUCAGUAAAAAGAAGCAUUGGAAACUUCCUGGAGGGAUGGUAGACAGAGGGGAAGACAUUGUCGAUGCUGUUAGGAGGGAGGUCUUAGAGGAAACCGGCAUUCAAACCAAAUUUGUUUCUCUUAUUUGUUUUCGUCACAUGUUAAACUUCCGGUUUGGCUGUUCAGACAUCUACUUCAUUUGUCAUCUAAAACCUUUAACCCAGGAUAUUAAUGUAGAGCCAAGAGAAAUCACUGAUGCACAGUGGAUGGACUUGGAUGAAUAUAUAGCAAGCCCACUGGUUAAUGACUCAAAUCGUUUAAUUGCGGUGGCUUACAAGAACAAUUUUCAUAACAAUGAUGACUUCAAAAUUGAAACAAAGAAAGUGCAAGUUGGUAGAACGGUUGGAACUCUCUUUAGCUUACAUCAGUACAAUCAGUGCAAAGAUCAGAAUAGAGAAGGUGGGAACUGAUCGCAUCCAUGAUAGAGAAUACCAAGUCAGUGGACCAUAGUCAUUAAUAAAAUAAUGUUUACUUUAUGUAGGGUACAUCAAAAUAUAAAAUUGGUGUUUGAGUCAAAGGGUUUGUUCCUUUUCCAUGGCUUUGGCUCAAUAUCACAGCCAUUUUUAUGGUUAUACAUCCUGCCUUGCUAGUGAGGUUACAAGUCUUUUUAGCAUUCUUCACAAUUAAUUUUUUUCUACUUGGUUAAAAAUUGUUAAUUAUUCUGCAUAUAUGUAAUUGCAAAUGAAGUACAAUACAAUUUCAGGAUCAUUAUUAGGUGUUUUGGUGUGGGGAAGUAGGCGGAAAGGGGGGAAUUAAGAGAAGAAAAGUUACAGUCAGGGAGAGGAAAGCAGCAAAAAUACCUUCCUUCCUUCCUUCCUUCCUCUUCUUUCCUACCUCCCUAUCCGACCUAUCCUUAGGAAGGGCUAAUAAUGAACUUUUGUGAAGUAUUGUGUUGUAGUUGAUAUUUUGAGAGUAAAAACUUUGAGAGUAAAAGUGUCUUAUCCUGUCACUGUGUUUAACCCUUUGAAUACCAAUGAUGCAUAUACGCAUAAUUAAUGGUUGUGCUCUUUGUACCACUUGUGACGUCAUCAAUUUAAAUGUCAUCAGAUAUUCUUGAUAAGCAGAUAGUAGAACUAGGUUAGGCCUUUCCGUACAAUGGUCAGGUUUAGAUAUUGACGACAUUCCAACGUUGUAAAUCAAAAAACAACGUUAUCGAUCAGUUUUAGUGCAGAAACGGUGGUAAAAUGGUCCACUAUGCCUAUGAUUGAUCAGGGUCCAUUUCUAGGCUUCGCCCGUAAUUAACA